UGAUAAUUUCGCAAAAGGAGUGGCAUUUCCGUAAUUCAACGCCAAAACAGUCCCCCAGCGCAAAAAGCGGUUUUAUAAGGACUGUCUGAAACGCAUGACUCUCUCUCAUCAUCAAAACCCCAGCUCUCUCUCAAACCCUGUACUACGUCCGAUCUCUCACUCGCCGGAUUCCCGUUGGACGUAAGAAUCAGCCACCGGAAUUUCAAAGAUCCUCUAAUCCCAUCCGAUCCUCUCGUUUUGUCGCUAAAGAUCCGUUUACCCAAACCCUACUUUCAGCGACAUCGGAGGAAUUUCCAUAAAGGAUGGGAGAUCCUUUGGAACGGUUGGGAUCCGAGGCGGCUGCCGGCCUCGAAUCGUGCAUGAAGGAUGAUCUGAGCAUGGAGAUCGACCCACCAUUCCGUGAGAACGCUGCGACAGCGGAGGACUGGCGGAAGGCGCUGAACAAGGUGGUUCCCGCCGUGAUUGUGCUGCGGACGACAGCGGCCCGUGCGUUCGAUACGGAGGCAGCCGGUGCCAGCUACGCGACUGGGUUCGUCGUCGACAAGCGCCGCGGGAUCAUACUCACGAACCGCCAUGUCGUCAAGCCCGGGCCUGUGGUUGCUGAAGCUAUGUUUGUUAACCGUGAGGAAAUUCCGGUGCAUCCGAUAUAUAGGGAUCCGGUUCAUGAUUUUGGAUUCUUUCGUUAUGACCCUGGAGCAAUACAAUUUCUAAGCUACGAGGAGAUCCCUCUCUCUCCUGAAGCUGCGUGUGUUGGACUGGAGAUUCGGGUGGUUGGCAAUGACAGUGGCGAGAAGGUCUCAAUUUUGGCCGGCACUCUAGCUCGCUUGGAUAGAGAUGCUCCUCAUUACAAGAAGGAUGGAUAUAAUGACUUCAAUACAUUCUACAUGCAGGCUGCAUCUGGGACAAAGGGAGGCUCAAGUGGUUCCCCAGUCAUUGAUUGGCAAGGAAGAGCUGUUGCCUUGAAUGCUGGGAGCAAAUCUUCAAGUGCUUCUGCCUUUUUCCUUCCUUUAGAGCGAGUUGUUAGAGCAUUAAAGUUUCUACAGAAAGGCAGUGAUGCAUUUGAAAGUAAAUGGGAGGCAGUAACUAUUCCUCGUGGUACGCUUCAGGUGACGUUCCUUCACAAAGGAUUUGAUGAGACGCGUCGGCUUGGACUUCAGAGUGAGACAGAACAGAUGGUGAGACAUGCAUCUCCUAUUGGCGAGACUGGAAUGCUUGUUGUUGAUUCUGUGGUGCCAGGUGGCCCUGCACACAAACAUUUGGAGCCAGGUGAUGUGCUAGUUCGGGUGAAUGGGGAGGUCAUUACCCAGUUUUUGAAACUGGAAACAUUGCUUGAUGAUAGGGUCGACGAGAAGAUUGAUUUGGAGAUUGAAAGGGGUGGCACUUCCUUGACAGUAAAAUUGUUGGUUCAGGAUUUGCAUUGCAUAACUCCUAAUUACUUCUUGGAAGUCAGUGGUGCUGUUAUUCACCCUCUUUCCUAUCAACAGGCUAGAAAUUUCCGUUUCAACUGUGGUCAAGUGUAUGUCACUGAGCCAGGGUAUAUGCUCUCUAGGGCAGGUGUUCCUCGCCAUGCCAUAAUAAAGAAGUUUGCAGGAGAAGGGAUAUCACACCUGGACGAGCUAAUUUCAGUUCUUAGCAAGUUGUCUAGAGGUGCUCGUGUGCCUCUGGAAUAUGUAAGCUACACGGAUCGUCAUCGAAGCAAGUCUGUACUGGUCACAGUUGACCGCCAUGAGUGGUAUGCUCCUCCACAGAUAUACACUCGUGAUGACAGUACUGGUUUAUGGACCUCAAGACCCGCAAUACCCCCCGGGUCGCCACUACUAUCUUCAAGUGUCCAUUGCGAUGGCAACAGCAUAGCAUGCCAUACAGCUGCAUCAACUAUUACUGAAGCUGGUCUUGUUGAAUCCAUACAUCAGCAUGCGGACAAAGAUUGGAGGGAUGGCUGUACUAGAAUGCAGACUAGUGAUGAAAAUGUUGCUGAGGAAUCACACUCUCAGGAAGAAUCUAACACUGACACUAAAAGACGAAGAGUGGAAGAGGAUUCAACGGCAGAAGGAAUUGUUAUAUCUGAUGGUAUUAUGCAUGACCAAAGAGAAGAAACCAUGGAGGAUCCCAGAACCUUGGAUACUACUGACAUUCUAGAUGAUCGAGGGGCAACAGCUGCGAAUGCUUCAGUGGCUGAACAAGUGAUAGAGCCCACACUUGUAAUGUUUGAGGUUCAUGUGCCACCAUCAUGUAUGCUUGAUGGUGUCCACUCGCAGCAUUUCUUUGGAACAGGUGUUAUUAUAUAUCAUUCUGAAAGCAUGGGAUUGGUUGCUGUCGACAAGAACACAGUUGCCGUAUCUGUCUCUGACGUGAUGAUCUCAUUUGCUGCAUUUCCCAUAGAAAUUCCAGGAGAGGUAGUUUUCCUUCACCCUGUUCACAACUAUGCACUCGUUGCUUACGAUCCUUCUGCUCUGGGAACAGCAGGUGCCUCAGUUGUUCGUGCAGCUGAACUACUUCCUGAGCCUGCUUUGCGUCGAGGUGAUUCAGUCUAUCUUGUGGGGUUAAGUAGAAGUCUGCAGGCAACGUCAAGGAAGUCCACUGUUACAAAUCCCUGUGCAGCUUUGAAUAUUGGCUCGGCUGACUGUCCACGUUACAGAGCAACUAAUAUGGAAGUCAUUGAGCUUGAUACUGAUUUUGGCAGUACCUUUUCUGGUGUGCUAACUGAUGAACGUGGAAGGGUUCAGGCACUUUGGGGCAGUUUUUCCACUCAGGUUCGUAUUCAGUACCGAUCCAAAAAAGUAAAAAAUAAAAAAAAGCUGAAAUAUGGUUGUAAUUCAUCUGAAGAUCAUCAAUUUGUUAGAGGUAUACCAAUUUAUGCAAUCAGCCAAGUCCUUGACAAGAUAAUUCAUGGUGCCAAAGGACCACCCCUGCUCAUUAAUGGCAUGAAAAGGCCAAUGCCUCUUGUAAGGAUUUUAGAAGCUGAACUUUACCCGACCUUGCUGUCCAAGGCAAGGAGUUUUGGAUUGAGCGACAAUUGGGUUCAGGCUCUUGCCAAGAAAGAUCCUGUAAGACGGCAAGUCUUACGCGUGAAAGGUUGUUUGGCGGGGUCAAAAGCUGAUAACUUAUUAGAACAGGGCGACAUGCUCCUUGCAAUCAAGAAGGAGCCAAUCACUUGCUUCCGUGACAUAGAAAAUGCUUGCCAAGAGCUGGAUAAAUCUCAAGAUGAUGAAGGGAAGCUUCAUAUGACUAUUUUUAGGCAGGGUCGGGAAAUUGAACUACUUGUGGGCACUGAUAUCAGAGAUGGCAAUGGCACAGCACAGAUGGUGAACUGGUGUGGGUGUAUCGUUCAAGAUCCUCACUCUGCAGUCCGUGCACUCGGAUUUCUUCCUGAAGAAGGGCAUGGUGUAUAUGUGGCAAGAUGGUGUCACGGGAGUCCGGUACACAGGUACGGCCUCUAUGCUCUCCAGUGGAUAGUUGAAGUUAAUGGGAAACUCACACCCGAUCUAGAAACUUUCGUGGAUGUGACCAAGGGGCUGGAACAUGGAGAAUUCGUUCGUGUAAGGACGGUCCAUCUGAAUGGGAAGCCGCGGGUGAUGACAUUGAAGCAAGAUCUUCAUUACUGGCCGACAUGGGAGCUGAAAUUCGAUCCAGACACUGCCACAUGGCGCCGCGGAACGAUCAAAGCAUUGGAUUGCAGUACUGCGUGACAGCUAUAAUCCCACCAGCUGUGAAACUAUCCUUGGGAUAUGCCAUACUAUGGACCUCAGCUGCACAUCAUAGAGUAAAACAAACCUUUUGGGGCCCACCUUCAGCACUGAGAUGGGGUCAUGGGCCAUCCCAAUCAGUCUCUUAACUAUUAACUUGGAGCCAAUAAUGUGAGGUAUAUAUAAUAUAUAAUAUACAUAUGGCUUCCAUACACGUGAUGUUAGCCUUAUAUAUGCAUAUUGUAAAUUACUUGAUUUUUCAUGCACAAUAAAUAUUUAAGGGAGAGAUGGGAGUUGGUUAUC